AUGAAUUAUGACAAAUAUUUUGACGAUAAAGUAGUUUUAGUGACCGGAAGUAAUUCAGGAAUAGGAGAGUCAACUGUUUUACUGUUCUCUUCAUUGGGGGCUAAAGUAGUGGUGACGGGAAGGGAUGGCAACAAGAAUGAAGUGGUGGCCAAUAAAUGCCAACAAAUAUCACCCAACAAUCAUAAGGUGUUUAACAUAGUGGCCGAUGUGUCCAAAGAACAGGAUGUGGACAGACUGAUGGACACAGUUGUUGAACAUUUCGGACAAUUAGAUGUAUUGGUGAACAAUGCGGGCAAAGGAGGAGGUCGUGCCGAUGAGAGCCUACAAGAAUUGGAUACAUAUUAUUGCACAAACUUGCGAUCAGUUUAUCAGUUGUGCUUAAGAGCAAAGCCUUUACUCCAGAAGACUAAAGGAGCCAUUGUUAACAUCUCAAGCAUUAAUGGACUUAAACCCGCUGGGAUGGAUAUGUUGACGAGGUGUCUGGCCAUGAAUUGGGGACCAAUUGGUAUCAGGGUAAACGGUCUUAAUCCCGGACAAAUAGACACUCCUAUAUGGCAAGAGUCUACAGAUAUGACACCCGAACAGAUCAAUGAGAUGUGGAAAGCAGUGGAUCUUAAAUACCCGAUCAGAAGACGUGGAUAUCCAGAAGAUAUCGCCAAAUCGAUUGUCUUCUUAGCCUCUAAAGAGUCUUCAUUUAUAACCGGAGUUAACAUUAGAAUCGAUGGCGGCUUCCUUGACUCACCCGCUCUUAUAUUGCAUGUUACGAUGUCUUCAGAUUUAGAGUUUAAUGGGAAAGUAGUUUUGGUGACGGGCUCGAGCUCUGGCAUCGGGGAGACCACUGCUGUUCUGUUCGCCAAAUUGGGUGCAAAAGUUGUGGUCACCGGAAGGGAUGCGACCAGAGUUGAUGAGGUGGCCCUUCAAUGUCAGCAAAUCUCACCGCAAAACUUCAAAGUUCUGAAAUUUGUUGGGGACUUAGGAGAGGAUCAUAAUGUGGAUCGGCUCAUGGAUCUGAUAGUUAAGACUUAUAACCAGUUGGAUGUUGUGGUGAAUAACGCCGGCAGAGGAAUAGAUCGGACAGAGACGGAUCCGAUGAAGUCUUUCGAUGACUUGCAUAAAGUGAACCUCAGAUCCAUUUAUCGCAUUUGUCUUAAAGCUCAACCUUUGCUGGAAAUAUCCAAAGGAGUUAUUAUCAAUAAUUCCAGACUGGAUAUGGUGACGAGAUGCUUGGCCAUUGAUUUUGGUCCAAAAGGGAUUCGUGUGAACAGCGUUUGUCCGGGACAAAUUCAAACUCCAAUAUUUGAACGCUAUUUGGGUUUCAAUGAGGAGCAGUUGGACGCCAUGUGGAGAGCUGUCAGCGAUAAGUAUCCGUUGAGACGUCCGGGAAGUACAGAAGAUGUGGCGAAAGCCAUUGUAUUCUUGGCGUCAAACGACUCUUCGUUCAUAACUGGCGUUCAAUUGAAGAUCGACGGCGGAUACCUGGACUCCCCUCACCUCGCACUCCCUUAAUUACCUCGCUUCUUAUAUAAUACAA